AAGUUAGGCUCCGGCCGCAUUCAUUCAUUAUUAGUAUUGCAGUCCAAGUUGUGCCUCGCAAUUUCAAAGAGUUGAUCUUAUGUUUAUAGCGUAUCCGCCAUUGCAUCGAGACCGCGAUCCUCUUCCUGUCCUGCGAGCUAACAUACUUCCCUGGUGGCCAUCAUGUUCCGGGCCCAGCAGAACGCCUUUGACGACGUCGUUGCCAAAGCGACGGACGAGACUUUGACUUCGGAGAACUGGGAGUACAUAUUGGAUGUCUGCGACCGAGUCUCCUCGAACGAGAGCAUCGCCAAAGAUGUUGUGGCAGCCAUGAUCAGGCGGCUGGCGCACCGCAACGCCAACGUCCAGCUAUACACCCUCGAACUCGCCAACGCCCUCUCACAGAAUUGCGGAAUCGCCAUCCAUAGGGAACUGGCAUCUAAGAGCUUCACGGACCAGCUGCUAAGGCUGGCUAACGAUAGGAACACACAUCAACAGGUCAAGUCAAAGAUCCUGGAACGCAUGGAAGGCUGGACAAAGGACUUCUCGAGAAAUACCGAGCUGGGUAUCAUGGAACAAGCGUACAUGAAACUGAAGGCGCAAAAUCCAAACCUACAACCCCCUCAGGCACCCGUGAAAAAGCAGAUCACCGAUUACGACCGACAAAAGGAGGAGGAAGAAUUACAACUGGCUCUUAGGCUUUCCAUUCAGGACAAAUCCGCCGGCCCUGCUCCAAGUCAAGCAUCCGGUGCGGCUGCAGAGCUCCCCGCCCAAGCCUCGUCCUCAGCCUCACAACCGGCACCCCGUCAGCCGGUACCUUCGGGGACGACAGCAGCGACGGUGUCAAGAGUACGUGCACUCUUUGAUUUCCAACCUUCCGAGCCAGGCGAACUGCAAUUCCGUAAAGGGGAUAUCAUCGCAGUGUUAGAGUCGGUCUACAAGGACUGGUGGAAAGGGUCGCUCCGAGGACAAACGGGCAUUUUCCCGCUCAACUAUGUGGAGAAGCUACAAGAUCCCACGCCGGAAGAGCUGGCAAAAGAGGCGCAGAUGGAGGCGGAGGUCUUUGGCCAGAUCAAGAAUGUCGAAAAGUUGCUGGCCUUGCUAAGCACAAGUGCUGCCGACAUGAGCGCCAGAGACAAUGAGGAGAUCACCGAGCUCUACAACAGUACAUUGUCGAUCAGACCUAAGCUCAUCGAAUUGAUCGGCAAAUACACGCAAAAGAAAGAUGACUUCCAGCAACUGAACGAGAAAUUCAUCAAGGCUCGCCGAGAUUAUGAGGCGCUCUUGGAAGCUUCAAUGGCUCAUCCAGCACAAUAUGGUCGGCCAGGUGUCCCUGCCUACGGAUAUCCUGCGGCGCAAGGCUACCCUCCCCAAAGAUACUUUACGCCUGACGGCCAACCUCCCAACAAUGCGGUGCCGUAUCCGCAACCCCCACAACAAUCAUUCCAACCCCCUUAUCCCGUAGCCUCGCCUCCUCCGCAGAGCCAUACUCCAGCCAGCCAGCAACCACUGCCAGACACCACCUACCCUUCGUAUCCGAAUCCCCACCAACAAAUGGCAGGCCGUCGACAAUCACAGCCACAAUCACACUCCGACGGUUAUGCAGCACCGUACCCAUAUUCGGACACCAACACAGCAUAUGCCGCUGGCCCUCCGCCAUCGGACAGACCUGGUUCCCGGCCUGGGCAGCAGCAACCAUAUCCAGCUAGUGUUUCACAACUCCAAUACCCGGAUGACAACAAAGACUACUCGCCUUCAAACUACUCGACCGAAGAUUUGCAUGUUCCUCCCCCUUCUCAACAACAGCAGCAGCAACCACCAUCCUCAACUUCGCAGGCCUAUCGCCCCUCCGGCCCUCCACAACAACAACCACCAAAUUUUAACCCGGGAUAUCCUUCAUCGACUGCCCCUCCCCCUCAAAUGUACGACUAUCAAACAACAACCAUCCCACAACCUCCUGCUCCUAACCAUGGGCCUCCUCCUGUCCCAGGAGCCGGAGCCGCAGACAACCGCCCACAGUCGCCUUCCACCCAAGGCCUUGCAUACCCUGUUUUUUCGUCGCCAACCACACAGUCUGGCAAUCCACCGCCAGCCGGCCUCCACCAGCAGUAUCAGCCGUAUAGUAUCCCACAACCGACGGCCCCUGGCGUCGGGGCAGGAGGGGUCAAUAUGAACAGUGAUUACAGGUAGUAGAUCCCACGGAGCGAAGCGGAGUAGGUAUUAUAAAUAAUACCUGCCUAGCAAAAGCCCGAGAUAUGGUCAAUGAAUUGAAUACUAGCUCUG